AUGGACCUGCAUAAUCCACAGACGCUAUCAAAAAAGGUCGAUUUUGAAGCACUCGGUCCGCAGUUGACCGAUGUCAUGAACUGUAAGGCUGUGAUUGAGCAUUAUGCAAGUAAUCGACACCAGAUGUGCAAAUUGUUAAGCCAGGAAUGGCAAAUUUUACGGGAAACUGUUUACAUAUUACAAAUUCCACUUCGUGCAACAAUUGCAGUACAAAGACACGAUUUGACGCUUUCCGAUGUAUUUGGCAUUUGGAAGAGAAUGCAACUUCAUUUGGGUGCAUGUUCAAGAAAGACAAAUUACAAGACGUCCUUGGCCACAUUCUUAUUGGAAUCUCUUAACACUAGAAAAGAGGCCAUUUACAACAAUCCAUUCAUGACUAGCGCGAUUUUUUUGGAUCCAAGUUUCAGAAAUCAAUUGGCUUCAAAUGGCACGAAGGUUGAAGAAGCGAAGCGUAUGUUAUCCAACUUGUGGCAACGACAAAACUAUGCUGUUGAAGGUGCAAGAAAUGCAAAUCAUAGUGGCUCAUCGAAUAUCAGCUUCGAUUUUGAUGCAGACGCCGAGUUGACGUCAUUUCUCCAAGGAAACAAUACCGAAGAUGAUCCGAUUAUUCACAACAAUGUCGAUAUUGAUCUUAUAUUAGAGUCUUUUCCACCGGAAUUACUUUCACCAAAUCACUCUAUACUCGAAUAUUGGGAUACCGUUAAAAACACUCAUCCACAACUGUACACAUUGGCCAUGCUAGUGCAUAGCGUGCCGCCGACCGAAGUUCCUAUUAAGCGUGAUUUUUCACACCUCAACCACGUAUUCAGCAAUAGACGCGGCCGACUGCAGUCAGCGCGUUUGACCGAUAUUAUGAUUAUGAAUUUGAAUAAGCAAGUUUCUUACGAAACAAAAGGCGAUGAAUUGCGAGAUGCAAUUACACAAUACUAA